AUGUGGCGGGUGGCGUGUCGCGAGGCGCGCAAGCAAGUCGCGUCGCUGACCCAUGGGCCCGCGUGUCACGGCGCGCACGGCGCGCCCGCACCGGGCGGUCCUUAUCCGCUGCAUUCCCUCGCGCACGUCGCCCCGCCCACCGCCGUCACGCCGCAUCACGCGCGCCUCAUCCCGUCGCUCGUCGUCGCUCACGGCCCCGCAUCCCUCGCCACCAACGCGACGCGCAUCGGCGCAUGGCGACACGCGUCGCCCCUCGCGCUCACGCUCACCUCCCCCUCGCUCUCCGCUCUCCGUUCCGCCCUCACGCACUCCUCCGCCAGCCUCUCUUCCGCCACCCUCUCCGCCGCCGCCGCUCUGCCCGCCGCAGCCCGCGCAAGCCUCGCCGUCCCCGCGGCAGGCGCGGCGGCAGGGCGGGCGGCAGGCGUGAGCGUGUGGAAGCACUGCGGGCGGUGCUACUACGAGCUCAGCAAGACGCGGCUCAGGUGGGUGGGGCGCGGCUCAGGUUGGCGCUACGCGGCUCAGGUGGGUGCGGCUCAGGUGGGCGCUACGCGGCUCAGGUGGGCGCUACGCGGCUCAGGUGGGUGCGGCUCAGGUGGGCGCUACGCGGCUCAGGUGGGUGGGCGCGCGCGCAUAGGCGGGGAGCUGGCAUGUCCCGUUGCUCUGAAUGUGAAGAUGGCGCCUUUUCCGUUGCUCUCUCGUGUGCCUCACCUCGUCUCGCGCGUAGCGUCCACCCACCACAAACAGCAGCUUCCGCUGCGCACAGCAUUCCCUCUAUUCCCUCCCCUCCUCCUGCCACAAACACCCGUGCCUCCCGCUCACAUGCGCCCCCAACCCCCUGCACCAUAUCUCCCCUCUGCGCGCCUCACACCCCCCAGCCUGCUGGUGGUGGCGACGGCAGCAGCGGGGUUUGUGAUGGGCAGUGGCGACAACGUUGACUGGGCGGGACUUGGAUGGACCUCGCUUGGAACCUUCCUCGCAGCUGCCUCCGCCAAUACGUGGAACCAGGUGUGGCUGCCCAGUGCCAACGCUGUCUGCUGGCCGUACUGCUUGCGGCACCCCUCACCUCGCACCCUCUCGUCUCUCGUUGCCCGCCACAAGCCGGCAGGGCGGACGAUCAGCCCUUCGUUGCCCCCUUGUGCCCCUGUGUUACCCGAUGCGCCCCCCCUGUGCGCCCCCCCCUGCGCGCCCCCCCGGUUUCCCUCCCAGGUGUACGAGGUGGCGAAUGACGCCCUCAUGAAGCGCACGCGGGGAAGGCCGUUACCAGCAGGGCGGAUGACCCGGCAGCACGCCAUCGCAUGGGGACUGCUCACUGGGGCCAGCGGCCUCGCCAUCCUCGCAAACCCAGGUGUGGCCAACAGCAUGACAGUGGGUCUGGAGGCAGUCAACAUAGCACUGUAUGGGGGGGUGUACACGCCACUCAAGCAACUGCACCCCGUCCCCUGCCCACCUCUCCUCUCCCCCUCUCCCCCCGUGCAUACCAACAGCAUGACGGCAGGCCUAGGAGCCGCCAACAUACUGCUGUAUGCAGGCGUGUACACGCCCCUCAAGCAGCUGCACAUCGCCAACACGUGGGUGGGCGCUGUCGUCGGCGCCAUCCCGCCUCUCAUGGGGUGGGCGGCGGCGAGUGGGGGGCUGGACUGGGGGGCGGGGGUGCUGGCAGGGGCGCUGUACCUGUGGCAGAUGCCGCACUUCCUUGCUCUCGCCUGGCUCUGCCGCAAGGACUAUGCUGCCGGGGGCUACCGCAUGCUGUCUCUGGCGGACCCCACGGGGCGGCGCACAGCAGCAGCAGCGCUGCGCAACUGCUGCUACAUGCUGCCGCUGGGACUCGCUGCUGUCUCCCGUGCGCCCUCCCCGCCCUCCCCGCCCUCCCUACUGUCUCUACCCCUCCACCCGUGGUCCCAAUGCCUUGACCCUUUAUCUUUUCCAAUGGCUCCGCGCUUGCCUUCCCUCUCGUCUCAUAACAUCAGCCCAUCCGUGUCUCUGCCCAUGCCAUCUCGGUCUUUGCACUCCCCACUCCCCCACCUGUAUGCACACUCCUUCUCUCACCUCCUUUCCCCAGCCAUGCUCUCAAUACCCCACGUGCUCAGCCCUCACCCUUCUCAUCCCUCGCCCUUCUCAUCCCUCACCCUUCUCAUCCCUCGACCGUCUCACUCCAGACCUCCCUCCCUCCGCUCACCCCCACCUCGUUCCCCUCCUCUCCCAGUGGGGUGCACCACAGCACCGUUCCUAUGGGAGAACGUGCUGCUAACGGGGGCGUUCACAGCAGCGGCAGCGCCCUUCUAUCGCAGCCCCUCGUCAGCGUCAGCCAGGCAGCUGUUCCGCGCCAGCCUGCUCUUCCUGCCCGCCCUCAUGGCCGCCAUGCUGCUGCACCGCCUCCCCCACCACCCCCUCCCCGCCCAUGCUCUCUCCCCCACCCCCGCGCCCGCACUCACCCAUGCGCUUCUUCCCUCCCACGCUCCUGCAGUGAUGGCAGGUGCAGGCGAGGGUGGGGUAGGGGGAGCAGCAGUGGGAGAGCAUGGGGCGAGGGAGGAGGUGGGGCGGAAGGCAUGGGGGGAGGCCGGGGCCAGGAGGGCAUGGGAGGCAGCAGGGCAGUGGCGAGAGGGGCGAGGGCAGGAGGAGGGCGAGUCUUCCUCCAGUGGCGUAUUACUCGGCGGCUCCCUUUCCCUUCCUCCCCGUGCCCCACUAUGCAUGAACCUCGCCUUCUGCUCGUGGGGGGGAGGGGUGGUGAUAGUCACGCCUGCAUGCACGCGGCAUGCAAUGCGUACCUGA